AGCUUCCUGGUUACACCGGAAGUCGUGUGUGCAAAGCCGGAAACGUGCGUAGAUGUGCGAGGAAGACGAUUUUCUGUGUUGUAACCGGAUAAUUCUGUGACUGGACCGAGUGAGGAUCGAGACAGGAGCCCCGAAUAUACCGGUGUGGAGCUUGGGUGAUAAUUGGUUUCCAACUAUGACGUCCCUGGGGGGAAGCGCUCAGUCUGUGACGGAGUAUGUCGUUCGCGUUCCCAGGAACCCCAGUAAGAGGUACAACGUCAUGGCCUUCAAUUCUGCAGAUAAAGUGGACUUCGCUACAUGGAACCAGGCUCGCAUGGAGCGUGACCUGAGUGCUAAGAAAAUGUACCAGGAUGAGGAACUGCCUGACGCUGGGGCUGGGAGCGAGUUUAAUCGCAAGCUGAGGGAGGAGUCCAGACGCAAGAAAUACGGCAUCAUUCUCAAACAGUUCAAGGUGGACGACCAGCCCUGGAUGCUGAGGGUUAACGGCAAGGCUGGACGCAAGUUUAAAGGAAUUAAAAAAGGCGGAGUCACGGAGAAUGCCUCCUACUUCAUCUUCACCCAGUGUCCAGAUGGAGCGUUUGAAGCGUUCCCAGUCUCCAACUGGUACAAUUUUACUCCAGUGGCCAAGCAUCGGACGCUGACUGCAGAAGAGGCCGAACAGGAAUGGGAAAGGCGAAACAAAAUCCUGAACCACUUCACCAUCAUGCAGCAGCGCCGCCUGAAGGACCAAGGCGGAGAGGGUGAUGAUGAUGAGGAAGGUGGCGGAAAACAAGACAAGGGUGGGAAAAGCAAGAAAAAGAAGAAGAGUGACCUGAAAAUCCACGAUCUGGAAGAUGACCUAGAGAUGAGCUCCAGCGAGAGCGAGGGCAGCGGAGAUGAAGAUGAGCAACGGACAAAGACUAAGAAGAAAAAUGCAAAAAAUAAGAAAAAGAAGAAGAAGCAGGCUGACGAAGGCAUAGAGGACAGUGAUGAUGGCGACUUUGAAGGACAGGAAGUAGACUACAUGUCCGAUAAGAGCAGCAGCUCAGAUGAGGAACUUCCUGGCAAGCCCAAAGUCACCAAGGAGGAUCAGGAUGUUCCUAAAGGGAUUGAUGAGGCAAGCUCGAGUAGCGAGGAGAGCGAAGAGGAGAAGGUGGAGGAGGAAGAGGAUGAAGAGAAGAAACCCGCCACACCUCAGGAGAAGAAGAGGAAGAGAGACAGCAGCGAGGAAUCGGACACAUCAGAUGACAGUGAUAUUGACAAAGAGGCUUCCUCUGCUCUUUUCAUGCAGAAAAAGAAAACUCCCCCAAAGAAAGAUAAAAAGGGGGGCUCCAACAACAGCUCCCGCGGUAACAGUCGGCCUGGCACACCGUCUCCUGAUUCCGCCAACACUUCCAACACUCUCAAAGCUGCAGCCAGUAAACUGGAACAAGGUAAACGUGGCGCUCUCCCUCAUACGCCGGCCGCAAAACGUCUAAAAAUGGAGGCCGGGCCUCAGAGCGCAUCUGGAAAAUCGACCCCACAGCCGCAGUCAGGAAAGUCCACACCAAGCAGCGGGGACGUCCAGCUUACGGAAGAGGCCGUUCGGCGGUACUUGACUCGCAAGCCAAUGACUACAAAAGACUUGCUGAAGAAGUUCCAGACCAAGAAGACGGGACUGAGCAGCGAGCAGACCGUGAACGUGUUGGCCCAGAUUCUGAAGAGACUGAACCCCGACCGUAAAACCAUACACGACAAAAUGCACUUCUACCUGAAGGAAUGAAUCGCAUCCUUCCAGCAAGAGCUCGUACUUCCUUUUUAUACUCAUUGGAAUCUGAUUGGUGACUUGAGGGUGACGCUGGUUAUUACAAAGGAAACAUAUACUGUAUAUGUAUACGGCUUGUGGCAUUUGUAAUUUUCAAUCGAAAUCACUAGGGCUGGGUGACUGGUUGCUUAGGCGCCAAGUUUUAUCUAGUUUAGGUAGAACGUUCUGAGCUCUGUGUAAGCUCCGGAUCACGACUUGGAGCUUACACAAGGCUUGCUGUCUUUGUUCUCAGCGACUAAACGGAUCAAUAAAGGAGAAAAAGGAUACGGAGUAUGUGCAGCUGAUAGCACUGCUAUUAAAAUGAACCUGUUACUUUUUAUUAUGUGCAAAUUUAACCUUUUAUUUUCCAAGACUCUGACCUACAUAGGUUAGAGUUCUAUAGACAGCCAAGCAAACGUGCAUUUCCAGAAGCCACCCUCCAUAUUUGAGUUCUUUAAAAUGCUUCAAGUAGCCAGCAGCCAUUUAGAUUCCAAACAUUCUUUUUUCAGUUAGAAUUGAACGCAAGCGUUGGAUUGGUUCAGAAAGCCUCUUCAUCUCCGCAGACCAAACUUCAGGUGUGAAGAGAGUCGGGGAUGACGUGUUCGGAGAACAUGUUUUGAUUUAUUGUGUGUGACGGCGAUGAAUGUUCAGUACCUGGACUAUGUUGUUGUUCUUUGAGUGAUAAUUAUUAAAAAAAGGAAUGAAUUUUUAUA